AUGCCAUCGUCAUCAGUUAAAUUAUUUGCUUGUUUUCUUGGAAUAUUUGUUGCCUAUCUUUUAUUUGGUAUUGUUCAAGAAUCAAUAGUAAAAAAGAAAUAUGGAGAGAAUGAUAAAUUUACUUAUAUAUUAUCACUUGUAUUUUUUCAAUGUAUUUUUAAUGCAAUUGUAUCAAAAGUCAUACUAGUUGUACGAAAUACACCUAGAGAUACAACACCAUCAAAAAUGUAUGCAUUUGCAUCAUUUACAUAUUUAUUUGCAAUGCUUGCAAGUAAUUAUGCAUUAGAAUUUGUUAGUUAUCCAAUGCAGGUUCUUGGAAAAUCAGUUAAACCUGUACCAGUUAUGCUUUUAGGUGUACUAAUAGCAAGAAGAAGAUAUCCAUUAAUAAAAUAUUUCUAUGUUUUAUUAAUUGUUGCUGGUGUAGUCUUAUUUAUGUAUAAGAAACCAAAAGAAACAACAAAAAUGGUAGAAUCAGGUGGAAUAAUUGGUA